AUGGAGGCCCUCUCGCCCCCCCGCCGGCCGCGGCCGACGACGCCGGACAGCCGCGGCCGCGACCGGAAGGAGUCGAAGUUCGCCGGCGAGGCCAUCACGAACGUCCUGGCGCAGCACCAGCAGCAGGAGGCCGCGCGGCGGGACGACGAGCGCCGGCAGAAGCUCAAGCAGCGGGAGCACGCGCGCGCCGCGGCGCGGAACCCCUACGAUCGACUCCUCGAAAACCAGCAGGCCGAGUGGAUGCGGAAGAAGGACCGGCGCAGCGCCGUCAUAUCGUUGCUGCGGAGCGUCGGCGAGCAGCUCCGCAAGACGAAGAACCCGCCGCUGUCCCGGGACGCCGAGGCCCUCGGCGAGACCUGGGCCGCCCAGCCCAAGUUCGCCGGCGCGACGCGGUCCGACUACGACGGCGGGGCGCGGCUGAGCUGGCGCGGCGUCGACCUGGCGCGGACGCUCUUCGACGCCUUCGACGCCGACGCCGACGGGCGGUGGACCUACUCCGACUUCAAGAGGUAUCUCGAGGCCGUGGGCCGCCCGGGUGAGUUCGAGCCCGUCGUCCUCGACUCCGCGGAGGCGUUCCGGUGCUACUGCGACGACCUCUUCGGCACGGACGAGCGCGGCCUGCUGGCCUUCGAGCACUUCCUCGCCUACCGCGAAGACGUCGAAGCCGCGGCGCCGGUCGAGGCCGACGUCCUGGCCUGCGGCCUGUCGGCGGCGCCGGCGGCCCUGGACGAGUGGGCGCGCGUCCGCGACGCGUGGGACGCGCUCGAGGGCCACUACGAGGACGCGGAUCGGCCGCCGCACACGCUACCCGCAUCAUGUUUCCGCGAGCUCUGCUACGACUGCCGCCUGACGCUGACGGAGGAGGAAUGCGACAUGUGCUGGCGCGUGCACGUCCGUAAGAACGGCCUGAUGGUCGAGCUGCGCGAGGAGUACAAACACAAGCACCGCUUCGGCUUCCACCAGCCAUCUUCCGUAACGAGCGAUGCGGCGUUCGUCUACAAGGACGCCUUCGUGGCGUGGUGGUUCGCCGGCCGCGCGCACGAGAAGCGGGCCUACUUUAGGGAAAAGGCGACGGGGUCGCUGCUCGGGCUGCGGUCCUUUCUGAGAGGCGCCUUCACUAUGGGAAGACGGGGCUACGAGCGCGUCAAGCGGGCCGUGGACCGGGGUUUGUUGGAUAAGGUUAAGCUGGCCAUGGUCAAGGAACGCCUCGCGACGCUGGACUUUAGUUUUGAAGUGGGCGACGAGGGCAAAGAUUUACAGGACGAGGAGGGGAAGAUCGGCGUCGAGAUCGACGUCGAGCACGGCGACGACGCCACGUCCACGAAAGCGAAACUGCAGGUGCCGUCGCAGUGCGCGGCCUCCGUCUCGAUCGACCUGCCCGCGCGCGAGGACGCGGACCCCGACGAGGUGCGCCGGUUGCGGAAGGACCUGAAACUCUUUCUGGACAAGUACGUGGUGCCGCAUGUCCAGGAGCUCACGCCGGGCUUCCAGCAGGUGCGGGUCGUCAAGGUGCUGCCCUACGUGCCGCCCGAGGACGACGCCGCCGCCUCGAAGAAGAAGUUCAACACGCCGGAGCCCGUCGACGAGGACGAAGAGGACGAGCCCGAGACCAUCCGCGUGCAGUUCCUGUGGAAGUCCGAGGCGAACGUGGAUUAUUUCCUGCGGCGGCGCGUGGGGUUGGGGCUGGGCCUGGCUUCCCUCUUGCCGGAGUUCGCCUGCUCGCUGCGGUGCGCCACGCCCCUCGAGGACCUGCUGGAGAACACGCGCGUCGUGGUCGGCGCGCCGGACUUCUCGCUGCGAUUGGCGGUGCACGCCAUCUACGCGCGGUCCGUGCUCCACCGCGUCGGGGAGGAGGUCCUGCACGCGCGCGACGAGGACGCCGCCCUCAAGAAGGCGGAUCGCGAUGGUCGGCAACUGGCGCACGCGCGGGCGCUGCGGCGGUCGGUUGAGUCGCACGGCGCUUUGCUGAAAGAGGGCGAGCGGCCCAUCGCGGGCAUCACGGGCUACGAGGCGCCGGCUGUCAACGUAUCGAAGGCCCGUGAGGCGUUCGAUACUGCCGAAGCAAAAGUGACGCGGGGCCUGCUGUGGGGUUUCGUCCGGUGGUGCCGAUGCCGUGUUCUUUUGAUAUUCCACGCCAUCGACGCGACGAUGAUCUCAUACGCGCAGGCUCGGCAGCACGAAGGCGCAAAAGCUCGACCUGUCAUUUAGGGACCUGCGCGAGUGCAUCCUGGGGAGCCCCGCGGUGCUCGCGCGCGUGCCGGCGACGUGGCUGCCCGCUCUUAGAGCGCUUCUGGAAAGCCGAGGCGGCGUCGCCAAGUGGUGGCACCGCGUCCAAUCGACGAUGGAGGAGGAGCUCGGCGAUUUGUGGGGCGAGGUCGAAGGCGUCGAGGGCGCGAUCCAGGCGCGCGCCGACGCGAUCGUCCAGGCCGAGCUCGACGCGUGGAACGCGCUGGACGCGGAGGAGCGGCGGCGGCGCACGUUUGAAAGGGAGAAGCAGGCCCUGGAGGCCAAGAUCCUCAAAGCCGAGGUCGACGCGGCGAACCGCAAGCUGGGCAUCGAGCCGGACGACCCGAAGAAGAAGAAGAAGGACGGCGACGAGUCCGAGGAGGAGGAGGCGCCCGAGGACGAGGGCGAGGUCGACUUCGUCCGGAGGCUCCGAAAGCGCCACGCGAAGACGCAGCGGCGGGUCCUGGAGAUGUACCGCCGGGCGACGUCGCUGGUCUACGGCGUCUCGCAAAUUACGUUGCACUCGAACGCGACCAAGGUCGAGGUGGCCCUCGAGGGGCUGGAUUUGUUUGCGGAGCUGCCUUGAGCUCCUCCCUGGCGCACCUCUUCGCGGCUAGACGUGCGUAAUGUGAUGUAUCGUA